CCAUUUCGAUCUCCAAUGCCUCAGAAAAUCCUGAUCGUCGGUUCAAUUCCAUCGACGGCCUCAAACGUCGAGGCUUGCUUUUUCCUUUGGGGUCCGAAACUUGAUAAAUCGAAUUUGGGAAUCAGAAGGGAAGGAGGAGGGAUGGCGAAACAGGUGGCAGUGGUAGUGGGAGCGUUAGCGUUGGGAUGGUUGGCCAUAGAGAUCGCUCUUAAGCCUCUCCUCCACAAGUUCCGCUCCUCCGCCGACAAGUCCGAUCCCGUCGCUCCUGCUGCCGACACGGAGGCGGCC